CACCUUAAGAGGACUCUUUCCUUCGCCACAGCUUUAGACUGGGAGGGAUCAGCUUUUUCAGGUGUUGAUGAAAGCGAAAGUGUUUCUACAGAAGGACGGAAGAGUGACAGAUCAACCUGCUGCUGCUUUUGGACUUAAACUGGCAAAUUUAUCGAUUAAACCAGCCGAAGAGCAGUAAAAAUGUCCAAGUUCAAGAUAAACCAAGAGAACGCAGUGAAGGUUGACAACUUCCGCACAGCACUGUAUCAGCAGGCUGAAGACCUUUUCUCGAACCACAUUCCUCUGAAGAUCUCUCAGCUGGACAACCUGCUCCAGUCUGAUGAAUUCUGCGUUUCUGACCUUACCACUCUGCACGCCCCGCUGGACAUCCCUAUCCCUGACCCCCCUCCACCAGAGGAUGAGGAAAUGGAGACAGAUAAGAAUGAAGAAGAGAAGAAGAAACCUCCUAAAUGUGGAUUCAUCAAAGGAAACGAGAAAAUCAUUAAGUUGCUGGAUAUUGUUAAACCAGAAAUUACCAGUCUGAAGGAGACCAUCAUUACAGUUGCCUGCUGGAUUUCACAUCUAAUUCCCAAAAUAGAAGAUGGAAAUGACUUUGGAGUCGCCGUCCAGGAGAAAAUCCUCGAGAGAAUUGCUGCUGUGAAGACUAAAGUGGAGGGCUUUCAGACCAACAUUAACAAGUAUUUCUCAGAGCGAGGAGAUGCAGUGGCUAAAGCCUCUAAAGAGACUCAUGUGAUGGAUUACCGUGCACUAGUCCAUGAGAAGGAUGAAGCUACCUUCUCUGAAAUCAGAGUGAUUGUGCUAGAUAUCCGUGGAUUCUACGCGGAGCUGUAUGACAUCAUCAGUAAGAACCUGGAGAAAGUGACCAAUCCUAAAGGAGAAGAGAAGCCAUCCAUGUACUGAGACAGACAGACAGCAGACUUUUCCUUUUUCUUUCUUUCUUUUUAUUUUUUAAAAUUUCAAAACAGUAGGUUUACAGGUUUGUAUCUGGAUUUGCAAUUUUAACCAGAAUAGCUGCAGUCAGUUUUUACUGGGUUCUUACGCUCUCAAAUAAAUCACCCAAAUAAAUCAUCCUUUAUGCUGUACAUUAAA